CUGGCCACACUCUUUAAGAAUCACGUUGUUGGAUUGUUAAGCAAAAGCCCUCAAAAUUUCGUAAUAUUUUCUAGAUUAUUUUUUUGCCUACUAAACUCUGAGUUAAAAUCGCGUGCAGCGCACCUUAAACUAGCAGCACAAUGUCGUGGCUUUUGGGCAGAAACCGUCAGCAGCCCCAGCCGGAUCCGUCGGCUAGUUAUCCGGACGGAGGUGGUGGCGCCGAUCCGGAGGGCAGAACGGCGGGCGAGAAGUCCGGGGAUGCGCAAUUGAGCCGGGCGGAACGCAAGGCGAUGGAGGCGUACCGCUUCGACUCGUCAGCACUGGAACGGGCUGCGGAUGCGGCUAAAACUCUGGAGCGUUCAAAACACGCUCGGGAAGCCCUGGAGCUGUCCAAGAUGCAGGAGGCCACCCGGCAGACGGAGUACAACACCAAGGUCAAGGAGUACGAGGCGCACAUUGAGCAGGCCAAGGUCGAACAGAAGCGAAUCGAUCACGAGGAGCGCCGGAAGACGCUCAUUGAGGAGACCAAGCAGCAGCAGCAGCGUGCUCAGUACCAGGAUCAAUUGUCCCGCAAGCGGUAUGAAGAUCAACUGGUGCAGCAGCAGCGCGUCCAGGAGGAAAACCUGCGCAAGCAGGAGGAGAGUGUCCAGCGUCAGGAGGCCAUGCGCCGCCAGACCAUUGAGCAUGAGAUCGAGAUGAAGGAGAAGAACCGGCUAAAGCUCCUGGAGCACGAGCUGCGGGCAAAGGCUCGCGUGGAUCGUGAGAACAGGGACAUCAACCUAGAGAAGAUCCGUCUCAAGGCCCAGGAGCACCGAACAACUGUUUUGGAAGGCAUAAAAACCGCGGGCACGGUUAUUGGCGCCGGUGCUGAGGCCAUGCUCACCGAUUGGGACAAGGUGCUGACUGCUGCCGGAGGACUUUCUCUGCUGGCUCUGGGUGUGUACACGGCGAAAGGCGCUACUGGUGUGGUUUCCCGAUACGUGGAGGCGCGUAUUGGCAAGCCAACGCUGGUGGGCGAAACAUCGCGCUUCGCUUUUCUGGAUGCCCUGAAGAAUCCGCUAAAUUACCUGAAGAGACUGCGUGCCAAGCCCACCGAUGCUCUGCAGGGCGUUGUGCUGAAUCCGAAGUUGGAGGAGCGACUGCGCGACAUCGCCAUCGCAACGAAGAACACGCGUAUCAAUCGGGGUAUGUACAGGAACGUUCUGAUGCACGGCCCACCCGGAACGGGCAAGACCAUGUUCGCCAAGAAGCUAGCAGAGCAUUCGGGCAUGGACUUUGCCAUCAUGACCGGUGGCGAUGUGGCGCCAAUGGGCAAGGAGGGCGUGACGGCCAUCCACAAGGUGUUCGACUGGUCGCAUACCUCGCGUCGCGGUCUGCUGCUGUUUGUGGACGAAGCUGACGCCUUCUUGCGCAAGCGAUCCUCGGAAAAGAUCUCGGAGGAUCUGCGUGCCGCCCUGAACGCCUUUUUGUACCGCACCUCCGAGCAGAACCCCAAGUUCAUGCUUGUCCUGGCGUCCAACACCCCCGAGCAGUUCGAUUACGCCAUUAACGAUCGUCUGGACGAAAUGGUGGAGUUCACGCUGCCUGGACUAGAGGAACGCGAGCGCCUCUUGCGCCUGUACUUCGAUAAAUAUGUGUUGCAGCCAGCUGCUGCUGGUGCAAAGCGUUUCAAGUUGGACACCUUUGACUACGGACAGACGUGUUCGAAGAUGGCCGCUCUGUGCGAGGGCAUGUCGGGCCGAGAAAUCUCCAAGCUGGGCGUGUCCUGGCAGGCGGCAGUGUAUGCUUCCGAGGAUGGUCUGCUCACUGAGAAGAUGGUGCUGGACAGGUGCUACUCGGCUGCUCAGCAACACAAACAGAAGAUGGCCUGGCUUUCGGAUCACGAGCGUGCUGACCACAAAUCCAUUUCGGGCUCUGCAUUACCGCCCCUUAACCUUACUGCCAACAAACUGUGAGGAUCGUAAUAGGACUUGAUUUCGAAUUGGUAACGCACAGGGCUUUAUCUUACUACCGGAUACCAAACAGCAGCCGAGACACCAAAAAUAAGUGCAUAUCCGUUACGUGUAUGCAUUUAAAAGCCUGUACAAAAUCGCUGGCGGAAGCACGUGUUUGUCUAUAGAUGCAAUUGAGUUUUACCCACUGAUAAUUGUAUUAUAAGCUUACAUUAACUGUCUCACUAGUGUAUACAAUAAGAGGUAUAUAUUUUAACUGCUGUUGUUGCAUUUCGUAUGUUAAAGCUUUGGACGUAGACUGUAAAUUGGAACCGGUAGCGCCAGCACUGUGAGAGAUUUAUAUUAAACUUCUCGCUGGCGCGGCCAGCAAUUUGACUAGUCCGCAGUGUUUUCCUAUAAAUGAAUAUGAAAAAAUAUAUAUAAUUUACUUGUUA